AUGCAAACACACACCAAUGAAGAUAAGGAUACUAUUUUAUACAACACAUUACCAUAUUUCUGCAAGGUGUUUUCUGAAGCCCAGCCCGUCGAUUUUGUUGAUAGGUUUCCUGACAUACAUUUGUUUUGUGCACGUGUAUCUCAGCUAUUCGUGAGAGAGAUUAAGUCUAGGGCAGCGAAUAAGUCAUCAGAGGAAGGAAGUCUCUUAAUCGCCCAGUUUUUGGAGCCAGAUGAGAACAUUGGGGACUGCUUGGAGGUUACUGAUGCUGAUCACGCCGUUAUCACUAACAAGGGUUCUUGCUUACUAAACACGCUAAAUUUGAUGAGCACUGGACAUACUAGUUUAAUUGAGUGUAUGGCUGCUGCCUCAUUACCAUCUACACUGGUUAAGUGUUUGUAUAUAUUCCUCGACCUUCCUUCGAAAUACUCUACAGGGUGUACAUUCCAUACGAAAUUUCGGGAACUUCUCCAGAGACUGUGCUUGUACCCGGUGGUAGCUGAGGAGUUGGCUCGUAAAGAUGCUCUAUGUCAUCUUUUCAAUGCUUUAACCGACUGGUGCGCACCCCACAAUUCUAAUUGGCGCCUAACGACCACUGUUAUAUUAUCUACAAUCGCUCAAAAUUCUCUAACUCCUGUUGUAAUUAAGCGGAUACACGACUCGGAAUGUAUCCGCCAUUGUCUCAAGAAUUUUUCGGAAAGUAAAGGGAGUUACAGAGAUUUUGUGAAUAGUUUUGUUUCACUUCUCCAUGUUGUCCGCGAAUCAUCUGUUGACGACCAAAUUCUCCUAGACGAUUUCCGCACUAACAACGGUUACUCUAUGCUAACUGACUUUUGUCUUAGACUUGAAGAAAACCCUACUACUGACUCUGAAAAUUCUUUAGAAACACUUGUAGCGCUUGUCGGUCAUUUAACCACAUGUGGGCCUGUAGAACUUCGUCCUAAAGCGGGGGCGGGGGAACAAAUUCACAAUAUUCCAGGGUUUCGUAUGAAUAUGCCUAAGACUCAAGCGAGGAAAAGCAUAAGAAAUAUGCAUGCGUUCGAUGUACUGCAAUCAUUGUUCAACAGCUGCUCAACAACUCAUCUUAGUUUGUUAAUACUGAAGACAGUUCAAUCGAUUUUUCUUCAAGAUUUAUCUAAUUAUUUUAUUUUGGAGCAACAGAACACUUUGGUUGUCUUUGCCAAAAAGAUAUUUGAAAAGUCUUAUGAAGUUCAGGAGGCUUAUUUUGAUGUGCUUGAGAUACUGGUCAAUAAAUUGCACUAUGUAUUUAUGAAAGAAAUCAGUAGUAUUGUUGUUCAGAUGAAACUAUUCAACUUAUCUCCUUCCCUGGUCAUCGCGUACCGCCAUUUCAUUCAACUUCUACGAAUUAGUCCGGUUUUCAAAGAUGUGUUUCAUGAUGUCGGUCUAAUAGAAUUAAGUGUAGACCUAUUGAAUUGUUUUAUUGAAACAAUGUCGAAACUGAAUAAUCCUUCUACACCUUCUAGUACAACAUGUUCAUUUACAACACUGAAGGAAAUAGGUCAUUAUCUUUUGGAAUUUUUGCAGUUUACAGUUACCUCACAUACACAGAAUGGUGAUGUUCUCAUUCGAUUAGGUGCUACUAGUUGUCUUCUCAAUCGUAUAUUAACUACAGAAGCGAAUGAAUAUAUAGUUCCUUGGCGUUCUUCUGCGCUAAUAAUAUAUGAAGAAUUGAUGCUUUGUAACGGUGGUGAAGAGCUAAUGCCUAACUUAUUAGAGAAUAUGCAUCACGCAUAUGCUGAUUUGAAAAUUGAUAUACUAUGCUCAUUCUGUCGAGUUCUACGUGAAUCACAUCGAUGUAGAGCUGUAUUUCGUAAAUUGAAUGGAUUCGUAUAUGUAAUGCAAGAAUUAAUCUAUUUAGAAGGUUGUUUAAAUCUAUUUUCAUGCAAUAAUAACUCAUCGAAUCAUAUGAUCAACUCAUUUCCUUCUUAUACACCUUCGUCAAUUGUCAGGUCAUGUCAUUCAUCGAAGGAGUCAUCACCAAAACGUGUGCUUUUAUCACCAGCAUCUGAUGUUCAAUGCAUUCCACAAUACCAACAACGAGAAAGGCAUCAAUCUCAUUUAUCUCGUAAAUCAUUCUUAUCAAGUUUAACAUAUCCUCAAUUAUUUCUUCUAAUCAAGUCUAUAUUUUCAAGCUUAGGCAUAGCCAUGAAGUUUGAACCAGCCAAUGCGCAUUACUUCAUAACUGAGAUUCAGUAUACCACUCUAACUGAUGCAAUUAUCUCUCUUGGCUCAAAUAAACAAAAUGAUACUGUAAAUCCUGAUUCAGACAAUCAAUCUAUAUGUAUAAAUUUGAAUGAAUUAGUGAAUGGAUUCAAUGAAUCACCUAGUCGUCAAGUAAGAAGCACGCGAUGUAAAUAUUUGCAUGCAUUAUUUAUGAAUGUAAGACUGAUGGAGUCAUUACUGUUAUUUCCUUCUUCUCUACCAUCAUCUGGAUCACCGAAGAUAAAAACUGAAUAUAAUGCUGAUGGCUAUCCCAAGUUGAAUAAAUCAUCUGAAUUGAUCAUUGAUUUACCUAGGCGAAUCGUAGAAUGGUGUCUUAUAUUUAGAUACUUGUAUGAUUUAGCAAUUGAUGGAUAUGAUCGUAACUCGAUUCGCUCAAUUUUAUCGGACAAGAGUGCGGAUUGUUCACCGCUUCAAACUGUUGAUAAUAUUGAGAAUUGUGAUAAUAAUAUUGAAAACCCUGAAUUAACCGCUAAUUCACUGUUGAAUAUAAAAGAUGUUUUAAUUAUUCAUCCAGAUGCAAUUAUUGGUCUUUUAAAGCUUAUCGCCAAUUUAAGUGGAUACUUAGAUUGCGAGCGCUAUUCAUCAUCAUGGUAUGAGUUAUGUACAGAUUUUCAGAGUUGCUUCCUUACUAUUAUCAGUGAUCUGCUACAUAGUGAACGAAAUCAGCAAAUUCUAUGUAAUGCCUCAAUGCCUCGGGAAAUUCUGAACUUAUUUCGUGAACCAUUGGCAAAUGAUAGUCAUCCGUUGCAUGAUCAAGUACGCGGUAUUUUUGAAUGUCUAGCUAUUCAAGCUUUAACUCCGGACAACCUUCGCUUCCAGAAUGUCGCAUCUGCGAAUUCAGACUUCAGUCAACAGAAAAGCUCUCAAAGCUUUUUGAGCAGUUUACUCGGUGUUAAGUCAGUGGUGCAACGAUGGGAACAUGGAGAACUGAGUAAUUUCGAAUAUCUAAUGUACUUAAAUACACAAGCCGGUCGUUCAUACAAUGAUCUCAUCCAGUAUCCAGUUUUCCCAUGGGUACUUGCUGAUUAUGAAUCUGAAGAAUUGGAUUUAUCAAGACCAGAAACAUUUCGUGAUUUAUCCAAACCAAUGGGAGCUCAGACACCUGAUCGUUUAGCUCAGUUUCAGCGUCGUUAUAAGGAAUGGGAUGAUCCUACUGGAGAAACACCACCUUAUCAUUAUGGCACACAUUAUUCAUCAGCGAUGAUUGUGGCAUCCUAUCUUUUCCGAAUGGAGCCGUUUGCACAACAUUUUCUCAAGCUCCAGGGUGGUCAUUUUGAUUUGCCUGAUAGGAUGUUUCAUAGUGUGAGAGAUGCUUGGCUUAGCGCAAGCAGACAUAAUAUGGCAGAUGUACGAGAAUUGAUUCCAGAGUUUUUCUAUUUACCAGACUUUCUUAUUAAUUCAAACCACUUCGAAAUGGGUAUUAAACAGAAUGGUGUUGAAGUAAACAAUGUGGUUCUGCCACCGUGGGCUAAAUCUGAUCCCCGUGAAUUUAUAAGAGUUCAUCGUGAAGCCUUGGAAAGUGAAUAUGUAUCCGCCCAUUUACAUGAAUGGAUUGACUUGAUUUUCGGUUAUAAACAACAAGGUGAACAUGCGAUUCAAGCAGCCAAUGUUUUUCAUUACUUAUUCUACGAGGGUAAUGUGGAUAUCUAUUCAAUAGACGAUCCAUUGAAACGUUCAGCUGUAAUUGGAUUUAUCAAUAAUUUUGGUCAAAUACCUAAACAGUUAUUUAAAAAACCGCAUCCAUGUAAACGUUUCAGCAAUUGGAUUCAAUUUGGUAGUCAAGUGGCAUGUGAUUUAUUCUAUCGAAAUCUUGACAUUCUGAGACCUAGCCUUCAACCAAUUAAAGAAUUGAAACAUGCAGUUGGUCAAAUUGUUCAACUAGAUCCACAAUUUAUACCAAGUGGUGCAAAUAUGAAUAAUAUGAAUACUGGUGCCACAGUAAAUCGACCUAUACUCAGCUUAAAUAUUAAUUCAGAUAACAUGAAUAAUGAGAGUACAAAUUUCGCUAGUAAUAACAACUCUGCUUUGGUAUCCGGAGGUGUUGGUUACCAAACAUCGACUACAACUAUAAUCGGUGGACCAAUUGUUGCAGUUGAGCAAAAUAAAUGUCUUCUACCACCACACUAUACAUAUUAUCUUGCAUGGGGUUUUACUGAUGGUAGUCUGCGUUUAGGCUCACUGUUCGAUUCUAAUGAACGUGUUCGAUAUGUAUGCGAAAUGGUUGAUCAGAAUGAGAUCUUAUGUUGUGCAGCACCUAAUAAAUAUACUAUUAUUACAGCUGGUCUAAGCACUGUAAUACGUGUUUGGGUUCUUAAUUCUCAUGAAAUAAGUAACAAUAUGACCAACUCAAGUAGCGCUUCUGUGACCUACGGAUGUCAGUCAUCGGGUGGUUCACGUCUUAAACUUCGUGCAACACUUUAUGGACACACUGAUGCUAUCACCUGUGUAGCUGCAUCCGAUGCAUUUAAUCUUAUUGUCAGUGGUAGUCGCGAUAGAAGUUGUAUAUUAUGGGAUUUAAGUCGUUUAUGCUUUUUACGACAACUACCUGGUCAUAUUGCUCCGAUCGCAGCUCUUUGUGUUAAUGAAGCUACAGGGGAUAUCGCAAGUUGUGCGGGAACACGAUUGUAUUUAUGGAAUUGUAAUGGUGAACCAAUCGCUUCAGUUGAUACUCCAGUCGGACGUAACAAACAGAUUCUUUGUGUCUGUAUGAGUACUUUGUAUGAUUGGGAUGCAGAAAAUGUUAUUUUAACGGACAAUGACAAUAUUUGUGAUAUUAACAUUGAUAAUAAUGAGAAUAACUUAAAGGAACGUAAAACAUACAAUAUUGUUUGUCAUGACAUUUAUGGUCAAAAAACAACUGCUUUUAAUCCACAUGAAAGUUCAUCAGAAGAAACUCAAACCAAAAAGAUUUCGUCUGUAUCAUCACAUGACAUCAACUCAUCCACUGUAUUCACUGAUACACCAAAGAACUCUAUUCAGAAAGAUUCACAUAACAAAAAGUGGUCUCGAGUUCUGGUAUUUCGUAGUAAACUUACUAUGCAUACAGCUUAUGAGCGUGCAGACAACAAAUCUCCAGCUGAUAUUACAGCUUUAGCAAUUUCUCGUGAUCAUCGUUCUGUACUGGUGGGUGAUGCUAUUGGUCGUGUAUUUGUUUGGUCUGUACCAUCAGAUAACUCUCGGGGUGGUAUGACUGACCAGUGGGUUAAAGAUGAAGGUGCUACAAACUGUGCAGCUGAUGGCUGUGGUACACGGUUUUCGUUAACAGAAAGAAAACACCAUUGCAGAAAUUGUGGCAAAGUAUUCUGUUCUAAAUGCAGUCGAUUUGAAAGUGAAAUUUAUCGUCUGAGGCUGUUCAAACCAGUACGAGUCACUUACAUUGGUGCAUCAUCUGCGUCGAGUGCUCUUGGACGUAAUGUCAUGUCUUCAUCGUUGUGCGGAUUUAUUGGUACACCUGCAUCUAUGCGUAGAUUUAGUAAACUGUUAUGGAAGAUAGGUCCGUUUCAUUUUAUUGAGGAACCGUUAACUGCCAAUCGUGUUUCUAUAAUGACUAAACUUGGACCCAACUAUAUGGGUAGUUUUCAAGCCCUACCGUCAAUGCCAUCAUUUAUACGACCAGAUGUGGAUGAAUCUUAUUUUCCGUUGUUUUCUGAGGAUAAACUUGUUUUUGGGAUAUAUGCUUGUAAUUUAUCCACUCUUACCUUGAACAGAAUUCGUAAAGUUUAUAAUCAGUGUGAUGCUAAAGCGAUUGGAAGACAGUUCUAUUUAUCACCUAAAGAGAAUGCAACACCUAUACGUAUUUUACGCAAUUCCGCUUUACAUCUUCAUGGUGCAGCUAGACCACUUGGUGCAGUACUUGUCGGAUAUCAAGGUGUACGAACUUUCACACCUAGCCCUGUUUGUCGUCUUAUUCAUUGUGUAACAGGCGGUGAGGGCAUGCGGAUUGGUUUAGCAUUAAUUGCUAUGGCACAAGAUGUAGAAACAUUGUAUGCUUCAAAUAAGGCAGCAUGCACACUUCUCAAAUGUAAUCCAGCUGCAUCGAUUGAAAUGUUACGUACAAGAGGUUAUCAAAUAUAUGCUGUCCUGCUGCGGCGUAAACGUCAUCUACUAACUACUAGAAUAUUGGAUUCAAUUCUAAGUUUAGCGUUGAAUAUGAAUUCAUGGUCUGACAAGUCUCCGACAUCUCAGACAUUCCCGUCUAUUGAUCAUCCAGCUUUUGAAGAUUUAGUCUGUGAUCUUGACUUGUGGCGUAUUGAACGUCAAAUAACCAAUGAGUCGGAUAUUCGUAUUCGACGCGAUGCACUAAUUGGCUUGUCAAUCAAUGUUGAACAAAUUCACCAACAUUCUCAUCCUCAUUUCGAUAACGAUGACACCAUACAGUUUAUCGAAGAUGAUUAUCAACUAGUAGCUAAUUUGAUAUCGCAUCUUGUCGAACUGUUACCGAAUCCACUACCUAAAUCAAAUUUCUCCACUCCUAGUAAAUCAUCUAGUGAUGUGGCGAACUCGCCUACAGAUAGCAGUAAUAAAUUUGAAGUGAUUAUCCAUCCCAUAUGGAAUGUAAUAUUUGAUCGUGUUAUUUACUUAUUAAUGAAUUCUCAUUCAAAUUGGACACAAGCGAAACAAAUUCAUCAUUUAGUAAUUGAUGUGAUUGGAAGAAGAAAUUUUGUGAAUUCAUGCUUAUCAUUUAUACAAUUGUGUUUAUCUAUAUAUGCAUCAUCAUCAUCAAAAUGGUUUUUAAGAUUUGGUCAACUAAUUGCUUGGACUUUACCCACUAAUUCACAAACAAAUGAAACACUGAUUUCAUUAGACCAAUCUUAUAUACAGUCAUCUAUGGAUGAUGAUGAUGGCAAUGCUACACUUAUGCUAUCUACUGAAUUGUCACGAAAUCUCAUUAUCCUGAGGAAUCAUUGUCUAGAAACAUUGAUCCAACUUAUCACAGAAACAGAUGGUACAAAUGACAAAUUUUGUAGUGAAUUACUAAGUGCAGUUGGCUUUGAUUGGUUCUACUUAUUGUUGCGUCCAAAUAUCCAUCCAUCUACUAUUUCACAUGCACUACACUUAUUAUUAUUAGUAAUUUUAAAUCCUGGCCAUUCUUUCACUUGUAAUUAUUCUACAUUACAACAAAAUUUAUCUUUUGUUCUCACACAAAUGGAGUCAAACGAUUCUCAUAGUGAUCCGGUGUCUGCAAAUCAUCUUCAAAGUGUUUAG